CCCGUCUUCGCCAUUCGCUUCAGAAACAAAGGGGAUUCGCUCCAUUCUUUCACUUCCUUCACUUCCCACUUCCCACUUUUCCGUUCUGCUGACACAAACUCGACACAGAACUUCUGCCAUUUUCUCCCUCUCUAUAUUCCUUCCGAGUGAACAUCUUUGCUGAAAUAACUGUAGCGCAUCAUGGCCGACGUUGAAGAACCUAUGGAUGUCGAUACUCAGCCCUCAACUUCUGAGGCCAAGGGCAAGGGCAAGGCUGGCAAGGAUACUAGUGGCAAGAAGCGUUUUGAAGUCAAGAAGUGGAACGCUGUUGCUCUUUGGGCUUGGGAUAUUGUUGUCGAUAACUGUGCCAUUUGCCGUAACCACAUCAUGGAUCUAUGCAUUUCAUGCCAGGCGAACCAGGCCUCGGCCACAAGCGAAGAGUGCACUGUCGCUUGGGGGAUUUGCAACCACGCAUUCCAUUUCCACUGCAUCUCAAGAUGGCUCAAGACUCGCCAGGUCUGCCCACUGGAUAACAGAGAAUGGGAGUACCAAAAGUACGGUCAAUAAACGAGUUGGAGCGGGCCUUACCCCGCCUCCAGCCGUCGCUCACGUUAAUGCGACGGCGGAAUAUGGAAGCGCAUUGUACAAAAAGUAACAACAUCAAGGAGGACAAGGUUAUUAUUAUUAUUUUUUUUUGGACGGGGAUUAUAUUUGUUUCUCAACUCGAUCCGACAAAGUAGACGGAGUAAACUACAAAGACGAGCCAUAGCCAAAGUAAAGCCCAUCGUUUGAAUGAAUUGUACAUGAAUGCUUUGUUUUUGAUUAAGAG